AUGGCAGGUAACUUAUCAGCGGAAGAUGCGACAAGGCUUGUUGAUUUCGUGAAUGAUAAGAUCCAGAGCAUCGAAGACCUACAGAGUUUGGAUACCCUUCUUCAGAGCCUCCAAGAGCAGCAAGAUAUCCAGAGACAACAGCUACGGGAAGCGGAGGAGAUCCUUAAAAAUGCCACGAAGGCUUCGAAUGAGCAUGCGGAGGCGGUUCGAAAAGAGGCAGAGGCAUUCAAACAACACCAGGCUGAUAUAGACCGUCGCUUACUGGUUGUGACGCAAUCGGAACACAGCGAUGAGGCGGUUCGCAAAUUUGAAGAUAGCAUUGCUAGAUUACAGAGACUUGAUGUGUCUCAAGGCUAUUUGGAGUUGUUAAGCUCCGUUGAUCAAUUGAAUAAGGAUGCGAUGAAGACCAUGAAAUCAUCCCCGCAUGAUGCCUUACGAUCAUAUGCGCAGCUUCGUUCCAUUGAGACGUCUAUAUCAACUGGCCAGGAUACUGUUGAAGGGGCAACUCCGUACCUCCUUGACUAUGUAAUGAAAGUCUCGGGGAGUUUAAAAGACUCCAUUCGUGUGGAAUAUACGGAUAAAUUACAAAAUAUUCUGGACAAAAUGAAGUGGCCCAUGAAGGAACUUCCAACGGAAUCAUUGAUCGAUGAAUGGAUGCGUUGGUGUGAUCUACUCCUAGAGUUCCAGGAGCCUGAUUUUGGGAGCGUCACAAUUAAAAAAGGCCCCGAAGACCAGUCUGAGUUGCCGAUUCUACUUCCCCUAGAAGUCAUGUCUCGACCCCUAGAGCUUCGGUUUAAGUAUCACUUCAGCGGUGACAGACCUACAAAUAGGCUAGACAAGGUAUUAUCGUCUUCCCGCAAUACAAUGGAGUUGAUUUUUUACUAA